GGCACCACGGCCUCAGCUUACCUCGUACCGUGGCCUUAAUACAGAACAACAUUCAACUCCAGUUACCGAAUGUUGCGUAGACUCUAAGUCUCUAGAUCUAGUCUCUGUUGCUUUUUCAAUUUGUGACAUAUACACGACCGGACCGGCCUGGUUUUACAGCUUCACUUUAAUUAUUCGACCUAAAAAAUAGCAAUAUGGCCGAUGCCACACAAAGCAUCCAUGUCACUUUAAAGGAGAGUUUUACCAAGAUUAGUGAGCAAAUUGAAGAGCUCCAGCUGAGUCACAGAGAAUGGCAACAGUUGAUGAAAUCUCACAAGGAGUUUCAAGUGUUUGACAACUUUAUCAGAAGGCAACCACAGUCUAUGGGAGUCUUGUAUUUGAAAGUCAUCCUUUGGUCCCUUGUGAGCCUUUUCCUGUUAGUGUUCCUCCUCUUUGCAGUCUUCUCACACAACGUCAUCCCGGACGAUUCAUUCCUCGGUUCAGCUCACUACCACAUCUCAAAGAUUUAUGUCGAGACCUUCGAUGGUGCAAUUCUUGAUGAGGAACAGUGCAUUGUCCCUUUCCAUGAAGCUGUGCAAGAUCUGUUCCGACCUCCUGUUUUAGAUUGCAGUAUGUGUGCUGGCAUGACCUCGGUAGACAUCCGUACCAACCUGACAACCAAAGAGUUCAAAGACAAAUACGCUUACUCCAGCCGACCUCUGCUCGUGACGGACGGAAUGGAAGGCUGGACAGCUGUCGACACCUUCAGUUUCCAGUUUUUUCAGGAGGUGUAUGCAGCAGGCAGUAAAGCGUUGAAGAGUGCGGAGGAUGACUGCCAGUUCUUCCCUUAUAAGACAGAUUUUGGGAAGCUGGGAGAUGUGUUCAACAUGACAGUGGAUCAAGCUUAUUUAAGAGAUGGCUCAAAUUCAAAGCCAUGGUAUAUCGGAUGGAGUAAUUGUGAUUAUACAGCUGCAAACAACCUGAGGAAACACUACAAGAAACCCUACUUUUUACCAGAAGACUCCGAGUCUAGUAAAGUGGACUGGCUUUUCAUGGGCAGUCCAGGUUAUGGAGCCCCAAACCAUAUUGAUGCUGUUGAUAAACCAUCUUGGCAAGCUCAGGUCAAAGGUCACAAAAUCUGGACAUUGACCCCACCUCCUGAAUGUUACUUUGAAUGCGGUCCUCGGAUGGAGGUCACAUUACAUCCAGGUUCAAUUGUGAUUGUGGAUACAAACAGCUGGUUUCAUUCCACCCUGGUGAUCGGAGAUGAGAUGAGCAUCACCAUUGGUUCGGAAUACGACUGACCUUUGACCUCUCGUCAUUAAUGUGGGCUUCCUUUACCAUUCUCUUUCACCCCACGUACAUGUAUGGUGUUGGGCAACCUUUGAUGUAAUUUUUUAUAAACGUUAUUUUCAUGUACAUUGUAAGUACUACAUGUAGAAGUUAUUUGCUCAGUAUUCCAGAUUAUUUUAUCUACCAAAUACUCUUGUGAUAUUUUCAAAUUUUUUAAUUGACAUAACAUUUGUUAUGAAAGAAUCUUUUUCAAAGUACUGUUGUUUAUAUAUCCAUUUUCAUAAAAACCUCUUUUGAACUUGUGUGCCAGUACUCCUAAAAGAAUUAAAGCUGAAUCUUUUUUCCCUCUGUUUUUCAGAACUCCACUUUUAAGGCUUUUACGUUUAAAUUCAAUUGACUGCAAUUUGUGUUCCAGCUUUAAUGAUCAUUCAUAUUUGCUUUGUUUACAGUGAGUUUCUGUUUAAUAUCUAGUUUAAUCUACGAGGGAAUUGUAAAUGUAGAAGGAUAACUGCCUAAAGGUUUGAUUCGAUACUAAUUAAAUUCUGGUUUUGAAGCUGAAGCUAAAGGUAAUCUGAGCUCGUUGAGAGACAAACAGAAAGAGAAACAGUUUUAAUUUCUUAAUCAUUUCCUUUCGAGCCUCACAUCACAUCCUUCUGUUGAAUAUGAAUUUGAGCAGGCAGAUUUACAAUGUGAAGAACAUUUGUCAUAAACCAUAUUAUUUUGGAAAGGGGAAGAACCCUCACAAUAUCUUUCUAUAUUCUUUGGGGGAUUUAGCCCAGUGUACUAACUAUACAUGUACCUAAAGUUUUUACCUAAAUAACCUUACAUGCAUGUAUAUGACAGUGUUAUCCUAUACUGAUAUUAAUGGUUAUCUUCCCAUGCACAGAACUGCAUGUAAUUCAUAGCUUUCUUAUUGAUGAUAGCGUGCCAAUUCAUUUUCUGAUACUUAAAGUUCAGUUAACAACUUAAUUAUUCAUACCGUUACCAAGCUGUGUAAUUUAUUUUAGAUAUGUGAGAAAUAUUUAUUUGUCCUGAUUUAUGUUUCUUUAGAAUGUGACAUAUCAAAGCUUUCAUCUAAAAAUAUUCACCAAUGGCCCAAAUUCAACCAGUCCACCUUUCAUUGUUAAGUUAAGAAAAACAGAACGAACAUUAAAUUUACAAGGGGUAUCAAGAAUUUAGUUGCUAAUUAUAUUAAUCAACAGCCUGUGGUUUAGUAUGAUUGUUCAUGUAUACAGUAUUAUGUGUACUAUUAUGUUGAAGACAAGGUAUGUGAUAUUAUUGCUGGUAUAUGGGUCCUUGUAUUGAUUUCAUGUAAACUUACCCUCACAUGAGUAAUGAUAGACAUAUAUUAUCAUAUAGACCACUUCAGUGCUGAAGGCUGACUUAUUGUAUCACAUUCAAUGUAACAUGUAAGGUUUGGUCAGUUUUCACAUUUUGGAUAUAAUUCUUUGAGUGGAUAUCAUACUUUU